UCUCUUUCAUUUGUUUAUUAAAAAACUUUCUCAAGUGUCCAUUUAUAAAGCCUGUGAAAACCAGUAUAAUUUGUUCUUGUUUCUUUGCUAGAUUCAGUUCACUGUGUAUUUGAAAAUCUUCUGCUCUGUUUCCCUUUAUUCUUGUUCUGGAAGAAUGGAGAGAAAUAAUUUUGGUGCAGGAGGAGGUGGCAGCAACGGUUACGAGAACGGAGUGACUACGAGUCGAGACGCGAAGCCGAGGCUGCGGUGGACGGCUGAUCUUCAUCGUCGUUUCGUCGACGCCGUCACCAAACUUGGAGGCCCUGACAAGGCAACUCCCAAGUCCGUAUUGAGAGUGAUGGGCAUAAAGGCCUUGACAUUGUACCAUUUAAAGAGCCAUUUACAGUAUAGGCUUGGACAACAGACAUCGAGACAAAACCCUUCACAACAACAUUAUGGGUUAUCGUUGGCACAAUUCAUUCAUGAUUCUUAUUCACCAGGAGUUGAUGAUCAAGAAGGAGAAAUCUCAGUGACAGAGGCAUUGAAAUGUCAAGCCCAAAUCCAGCAGAGGUUACAAGAGCAGCUUGAGGUACAAAAGAGAUUACAAAUGAGAAUAGAGGCACAGGGGAAGUACCUGCAAACAAUAUUAGAUAAAGCUCAGAAGACCCUCCCCCUUCACAACAUGGACAUGAGCUUCAACUUGGCUUUGCCAAAUCUCAUGGAAAACAUUAGUGAAUCAGAUCGAAAAGGGAAUGUAAUCGAGAUAAAUGGUAUGUCGCAGAAGGCUGGUGGUUCUGCCUUCCAAAUUCGAGGAGCCUGUAAGAGAGAAGAAGAUGGUGAUAAUGAAGAUGUUAAGCUUGGGUUGAAUAGCAAAGGGAGGCUUGAUUUUGUUUCUGCAAAUGGGAUUGUAUUGGAUGGAAGUUUGCUUUCAUAUAAGAGAUAAAAUUCACCCCAUUUGCUUUCAUGACAUCGCCUGUUCAUGGGUAGAAUAUUUUGGUUCUGUAAGUUAAAUGUAUAUGUAAACCAGAUUUUAUUUGAUGAAUGUAAAAUGAUGCAAUGAGUGCUUCUCAUCUUAUAAGU